AUGAAUGUAGAGAUUGUGGUGCAUGAACGGGAUACUAUGAUAGCAACCAUAAUAGUCCAACCAACGUUAAUCGAAGAAAUUAAACAACGACAGAUGGAAGAUGAAUCUUUGAAGAAGAUCUGUGAUGAGUUAGCGACAAAACCAAGACCCGAAUUCAAUUUUGUCAAUUCGGUGCUCAAGUUUCAAAACCGAUUGUGUGUUCCCAAUAUACCAGGGAUUAAGAAGAAUUUGAUGGAAGAAGCUCAUGCCUCAAACUUUUCAAUACAUCCCGGGAGUACUAAGAUGUAUCGAGAUUUAAACAAAAAUUUUUGGUGGCCAACUAUGAAGAGGGAAAUUGCUGAAUUCGUCUCAAAAUGUUUGCAGUGUCAACAAGUAAAGGCAGAGCAUCAGAAACCGGUAGGGUUGAUGCAACCCCUUCCAAUUCCGGAGUGGAAGUGGGAACAUUUGACCAUGGACUUCAUUGUAGGUUUACCACGGACUUUUCGGGCUCUUCCACAACCAGCAAAAGACUUUCGUAAGUCCUUCUUUCCGAGCAAGGGCUUGAAGAAGCUGUUGGAUCUGCCAGUUCACAAGCGGAGAGCUCCCCUACUGCUCAACUACAUCCUGACAUACAAGUCAGUCCUUCCCGAUAUCCCAAAGAAGAAGAGCAAGUCUCCCCAUUCCGCCACAACUCCUCCAGUAACUUCAUCAUCUCGGCUAGAUCAGGGAUCAACUUCCAAUCCAACUAAGCAAUUAUCAACCUUGGCUCCAUACUUGAUCCCUCUAUCUCAACGCAAACGCCAACGCCGAACUGCUAUCACUUCCGAGAUGGGUCGCAAGAAAGCAAUUGUAGAAGACCUUUUGGCUGACAUCCCCGACAUUGUCAACGCUUAA